UUUCUCUCUCUCUCUAGAGCCGAUGAUAAACGACGGCGGUUUUCACCGGAACUGAGGGAAAUUAGCAGUCACAUGGCGGGUGAAGAUGUUUCAAGCAAUUUCCGAGCUUUGGUGGAGAACGCUGACCGGAAAUUCGCAAGAGUUCGCGAUCUUCCUGCGUUUGGAAGAGCACAGAGUCACUACUUCCAAAAGGUUUUCAAAGCUUAUAUGAAACUUUGGAAUUAUCAGCAAUCUUAUAGGUCGAAGCUGGUCGAGUCCGGUUUAAACCGAUGGGAAAUCGGCGAGAUCGCUAGCCGGAUUGGUCAGCUUUACUUUAGUCAGUACAUGAGGACUAGUGAAGCUAGGUUUCUUCUUGAGGCUUAUGUCUUCUAUGAAGCGAUUUUGAGGAGGAGGUACUUUGAUGAAGCUCAAGGGAAAGAUCUUGGUGCUCGAUUUAAGGAGUUACGGUUUUAUGCGAGGUUUUUGCUUGUUUCUUUGAUUGUUGAUCGGAAAGAAAUGGUUUUGCAUUUAGCUGAGAAGCUUAGGGUUUUGGUUGAUGACAGCAAAUCUAAUUUCAGGGAGACAAACUUUAAGGAGUGGAGGCUAGUUGUGCAAGAAAUCACUCGGUUUAUUAAAUCUGAUACAAAUUUAACUUAUGUUAGGCCUCUACGUUAUUGUGCAAUGCUUGAUUCAUAUCCAGCUUCUCAAACAUAUCUAGCGCGGUUCCAUGCUAAGAAGUUGUUUAAGUUUCGUGAUGCUCUUUUGGCUAGUUAUCACCGUAAUGAGGUGAAAUAUGCUGAAGUCACCUUGGAUACGUAUAGAAUGAUGCAGUGUUUAGAAUGGGAACCCAGUGGAUCUUUUUACCAAAAACGGCCUGUUGUUGAAGCGAAGGAGAAUGGUUUUGUGAUUGAUCAUACUUUAACUUCUGGGCUUAUAGAUAUGAAGUUGGCUGCUGAUAUGGCUGAUCCAUCAUUACCUCCUAAUCCUAGAAAAGCUAUUCUUUAUCGUCCCACGGUAUCUCACUUGCUAGCGGUCUUGGCAAUGAUUUGUGAUGAGCUCUCUCCAGAGACUGUGAUGCUGUUAUAUUUGUCAGCUUCAGGUGGUCCUGCUCGUGAAAAUGUUGCGCAACCAGAGAACUCUGUCGGUUCAAGCAGAACAUCAAAAAGCAAGCUGCUUGCACGAGCCUCCCAAGAACAGAAAAGUUACAAGUCAGAACCACAUAGCAAUGGAAAAAUGUCGUCUGGUGAUUAUUAUGAGGAUCAUCUCUGGUUAGGUCCUAGAGGAGGCUCUGGUUCAAACAAUCUUUACCCUGGUGAUCUAAUCCCUUUUACACGGAAACCACUUUUCUUGAUCAUUGAUAGCGACACUAGCCGUGCAUUCAAGGUUCUGGGUGGCGCAGAGAGAGGCGAGCCUGUUGCUAUGCUUCUUUCUCCUCUGAAGCCAUCAUUCGAGAACCCAUCUACUGAUGAUGAUACAGAAGCACUAAACGGAAGUCAGUUUACUUUUUUCUUAACAGCUCCUUUACAAGCAUUCUGUCAAAUGCUGGGCCUCUCAAACUCAAACCCCGACCCUGAAGUUUAUGAUGAAGCAGAGAGCAUACUUUCUGCUUCCUUUUCUGAGUGGGAAACGAUUCUCUUGACUUCCAAAGUCUUGAAUCUUGUCUGGGCACAGGUCUUGCCAGAUCCAUUCUUGAGACGGCUGAUUCUCAGAUUCAUAUUCUGCCGGUCUGUACUUACUUCCUUCAUCCGCAAAGAGGACGAUGACCCGUAUUUACCUCAAUGCCACCCGAAUCUCUCAGACUCGGUCUCACCGUUCUGCGACCUAUCGCUAGUGGAAAGGAGGAAGAAACAUGGAGAUUUCGAGCCUCGUUUUCCAUACAACAUUCCGCAUCAUCAUCAUCAUAUCCACUUCUGCAAGUCCCCAUUAAACUUCAGAACAAAUGCUCAAAAUGGCGGCAGCAACGACUCGGCCAAGGAGUCUUCCGGUGGCGGAAACAGACCGGUUAGUAACGAUGAUGAUGGUAAUGGUUCCAAGAAAGACCAAUUUGCUGGUUUUAGUUUCAAGUGGGGUGAGCUGUUGAAUCCAGAUCAAGAUAACUUUGUGGCAGUUGGGUUAGCUGGAGUAUUGACUUGGGCUAGCCUUCAAGUCUUGUCUCAGCUUUUCUUCAUCUCUUUCGCCAUCCUCGUCGCUGCUCUCAAGUAUUCAUUUAUCGCUGCACUACUCAUUUUCAUUCUCGUCACUCUCCUCUAGCUUGUUCUAUUGUCUAAUGGCUCAUAGAUAUAGCUCUUUACAUUGGUCAACUACCAUAGAAUUUGUACCAACCAACAACGAUUCAGAUUGCACUUUGCUAUUGUGAUCGAUUUGAAGCAUUACUACAGAGACUUGAAUGUACAUUUUUUGAGCUUGGUAUCAAUGUAUGAAGUUAAUCUGCUCAAUCUUUGCUUCUAUUUUCAUGAUUUUUGUUUGUAUUCGAACAUGGUUUUACCUGUUUAAACUCUCUUCUUGAAACACUGAAGAAUGUCUCAAGAACCAGUCAAAUUUCAAAGGUAACACCUUCUAUGAUCCACCUCGAAGAAAUGCAUUGAUAUAAC